AGGGCAUUGAUAUGAAACAGGAAAUGGAUCAGAGACUGCAGGAACUUGAGGAUCAGUAUCGCAAAGAGAGAGAGGAGGCCAACAAUCUAUUGGAGCAACAGAGAUUAGACUAUGAGAGCAGGUUAGAAGCCCUGCAGAAACAGGUAAAUCGUUGUUACCCUGAUGUGGCAGAGGAAGAUGAAGAACCGCAGGAGGAAGUGCAAUGGACUGAGAGAGAGACAGAACUGGCGCUGUGGACUUUCCGUAAAUGGAGAUGUUAUCAGUUCACUUCUCUCAGAGAUCUGCUUUGGGGCAAUGCCAUCUUCCUCAAGGAGGCCAAUGCCAUUAGCGUGGAGCUAAAAAAGAAGGUUCAGUUCCAGUUUGUGUUAUUGACGGACACGCUUUACUCUCCACUUUCGCCUGACCUGUUACCACCUGAGACAGCUAAAGACCGCGAGAAAAGCCCAUUCCCUCGCACCAUUGUGGCUGUAGAAGUCCAAGAUCAGAAAAAUGGAGCCACACAUUACUGGACCCUGGAGAAGCUCAG